CCUUACACAUGCGUCAAUUCUUUUAUUAGCAAGAACAUGCACGCUGGAAGCCUAGCUAGCGUACUUACGCUGCUCGGCGUUGUGACUGCAUUGUCUUAUCAGGAUGCAGCCGUAACGCAAUGCUGUUCGCAACUCGCCGCCCAACUGCCGAAUACAACCUUCUCGCGAGAUGUAUCAAACUCGUCCAUAUACUACAAGACCAAAACGUCUUUCUGGUCGGCAACUGAAUGGCUGAACCCAACCUGCGUGUUCCUCCCCGCACGAACUGCCGAUGUUGAAAUCGCCGUAUCCAUCUUCACCGCAAACGAAUGUCCUUUUGCAAUCCGCGGGGGCGGCCACAGCGCCAUCCGCGCCGCAGCCAACAUCGAUGAUGGCAUUUUGGUGAGCAUGAAAAUUAUCAAAGACAUCACCUUCAGCAACGAUAUUGCCACGGUGAGCGUAGGCGCCGGUCUUACCUGGGCCGAAGUCUACGAAGCCACUGAAGCGCGCGGGUACAUGGUCGUUGCAGGCCGGUUCGGCACCGUUGGAACCGGUCUGGUGCUGGGCGCCGGCUUUUCGUACCUGAACAAUCGGCACGGCCUGGGCGCGGACAACGUUGCCGGACACAACGUGAUCUUAGCCAACGGCACUACCGUCUUUGCCAAUGCCACCCACUACUCCGACCUCCAUUGGGCGCUCAAGGGCGGCGGCAACAACUUUGGUGUCGUCUCGCACUACGAGCUGGUCCUGUAUCCUAGCUAUGGUUGUUUCGGUGGCCGCUUCACGUACCCGCACAGCUCCAUAGAAGCAGUCAAGAAGGCGAUAUACGAAUACCACGUCAAGACCGCGAUCGAGGAUAAGGAUGUGCACGUGCUGCCAACAUACGUGUUCGCUGACAACACAACGUACGGCUAUACGCCCGUUGUGUCCAAUAGAAACGUAACUUCGUUGCCCGAGUCGCUGCGCGCAUGGAGCGAGAUUCCACACACAAACGAGACCCUGAAGUUGCGGAAGUAUGGCAACUUAGCCAACGAGCUUGUCGCCGGCUUCCCUGACGGCCAAUCCCACUAUACAUUUACCGUGUAUCCCGAUCAAGCUUUUUUUAGCGAGCUAUUUGAUCUGUGGGAGAAGUUUUGCGUUUCCAUGGCUCACAUUGGUGGAUUUAAUGGUUUGCACACCGUAACGCCCAUUACACCACAUGCCAUUGCUGAGGGCAUAAGACGCGGACACAACGCUUUGGGCAUUGGCCAAGCAAAGCCGAACACAACUCUUUCUGUCUUUUACCUUGGCAUCAUAUUCAACAAUGGAGCGGACAGCGAGGAGGUGUUUCCAGCGUGGGAGAUCUUUGUACGCACGUUGCAGGUACGAGCAAGUGUGCUAGGCAUCUUGUUUCCGUAUAUAAUGAUGAACUACUCAGAUCACAAUCAGCAAGUGUUGCAGUCUUAUGGUGAGCGAAACGUGAAGCGCUUGCAGACGGUGCAGAGGCGGUAUGGUCCUUCUUUGGUCUUCCAGCGGUUGGUCACGGGAGGUCAGAAACUCCAGUUGUAGAUGGAUAGAGAGUCAAAACCAGAAAUAUAAUGCUGU